CAGAACCAUGAAAAGAGCCAAGAGGAAAGAGACGACCAGGACCAAUCAACAAUGUCUUACGAAGAAAGAAGAUGAAAACAAUCAGUCUUCCAUUGUUCCUAUGGAUCUCAUAAUAGAGAUACUCCUCAAAGUUCCGACCGAAUCCAUAGCUCGGUUUGUCUUAGUUUCAAAACAAUGGUCAUCUAUAAUCCGAGGCAAAGAGUUCACAAAUCUGUACAUAGCUCGAUCUUCCACUAGGAUGCGUCUUCUUUUCACAGUCCAGAUGCUUGAAGAGCAGUUCCUACAAUCCUGCUCCCAAAAUGAUCCAUCUUCUGAUCGUCAUAGGCUAAACAUAACUCCAUAUAAUCAUGUGUUUGCUUAUUCACCACCCAUCCGCGGCUUGAUCUGCCGUCCAAUGGAUUUGAAAGUCCUGGUUGCUAACCCUAGCACGGGCCAGCUCUUCACGUUACCUAGAGUCAAAACUAAUAGAAGAGGUGUAUUAUCUUUCUUAGGGUAUGAUCCAGUGAAUGAUGUAUACAAAGUGUUGUGCAUGACUGUACUACGAGUUCAUCAAGAACGAGGAUCACGAGUUGUAUCUGAAGAGCAUCAAGUGUACACUCUAGGAGUAGGUCAACGAAAAUGGAGAAUGGUUGAAUGUAAGCAUCCACAUCUUCCUCCUACUCGUACUAAUUUACCUACUAAAGGGCUAUGCAUAAAUGGGAUACUGUACUAUUAUGCUUGGAUACAAAAUGAAGGAGCCUUGAUAAGCUUCGAUCUGAUAUCUGAAGAGUUUAACGUCAUUAAGUUACCUGUGGAUAACCCUUGCAUAGUGAACUACACUGGAAAGUUAGCUAUAGCGGGUGGAAUUAAUAAUGACGGUGCACUUGACCUGUGGGUUCUUGAAGAUGCCAGCAAGCAAGAAUGGUUCAAAGUUUCAAUCGUUGUUCCUUCUUGGAGAGAUUUAGCUGGAACUAAUAUUGGAUAUUUCAGGUUCAGGGGUACACUUAGUACCGGUGAACUUAUGUUUUCAACGCCCAGUUGCGUUAACUACUAUUUCAUUAGUUACAAUCCUAAAGAAAACAAUGCCAAGAAAGUUGUGGUUGAAGGUAUUGGAGAUCCCUAUAAUUAUCUUGAAGUAUAUUUUGAUCAUGUAGACAGUCCUAUGUUUCUGUCAUUGUAAGUUAAUCCUCUUGUGUUGCUUUUCAUUUGAAGAUCUCGGACAAAUAGUAGUUAAUUAUGUGUGGACCUGGCUGUUUUUUUUUUAAUUUUAUUUACAUUUUGA